AUGGGAUCUGCACAUAUCGACCAGCGCAGCCUCCUUGGCCUAGCAGAGUCUAUUGCUUCCAGCGCAAAGACCAUUGUGGACAUCCUGAAAGGACAGAAACUCCCACAACCAUCUUUCUUGCCCUGCAGCCCCAUGAAAUACCCUGAAAAUCCGGAGUUCGCCAAGCUGCAAGACGCGCGGAUGAACCUCAUCACUUCGGCUUGGGCAAUUGAACAGUUUGCCGCCGGCCCACAAGAUUAUGUCUACUGGCAGGCCUACACGAUUAAGCAUGAUCUCACCGUCCUCAAUGCUUUCGCAAAAUUUGGCAUUUUCGACGCGGUGCCACCAGAUGGCGAUAUCUCUUAUGCGGAUCUCGCACGAAAAGUCCCCCUGACCGAGAGACAACUCCGGCGGCUCUUCCGACAUGCCAUGACCAAGAACAUAUUCUUUGAACCCCGCCCUGACCACGUCGCUCACACAGCUCUCUCAAUGGCCCCGGUCAAGAAUCCGACACUCAAACCCUGGAUCCAUCACAAUCUUGGAGAAGUUCUACCUGCCAGUUCACGCUUGGCGGAUGCUGUGGAAAAGUAUGGCGAUACGCAAGAUCCGACGCAAACCGCGCUCAGCAUGGCCUGGAACCUGGGGAAAGGGAAAAGCUUGUUCGACUGGCUCGAGAACGAUGGUGAGGGGCCCGAGAGAGGCUGGCGUGCUCGUCUAUUUGCCCAAGCUAUGCAAGCCAUGGACGGUGGUGGCCAUGACAGAAGAUACACUAUUCAAGGGUUCAAUUGGGAGGGCCUUGGUGGAGCUACUGUCGUCGAUGUUGGCGGAUCUAGUGGAUUCAUCUCCAUGUCGCUGGCUGAGAAGUUUCCUGCUCUUCGAUUUGUUGUCCAAGACUUGCCCGAGGUCGAGGAUGCUUUCAAUGCACUCAUCCCCACGGACCUCAGAUCGCGGGUCACAUUCCAGCGAUACGAUUUUAUGACUCCCCAACCCCAGUACAGCGCCGACGUGUUCCUCCUAAGGCAUGUUCUACAUGACUGGACUGAUGCCAUUGCCAUCAAAAUCCUACGGAACCUCAUCAAUGGCCCAGGCGGAACUAUGAAGGACGGCGCGAGAAUCAUUGUUUCGGACAAUGUGAUGCCUCCGAUGGGAGUCAUCCCUCCGCCGUUGGAACGUCUUACUACAACGGCCGACCUGCAAAUGUGGACGGUGACGAAUGCUCUUGAGCGGAGAAAGGAUGAUUGGAUUGACCUGUUCAAGCAAGCGGAUGAGAGGCUAGAGACUGUGGCGUUUGUACAACCUGAAGGCAGCUCGGAUACGGUCAUUGAGGUUGUCUUCCACGACAAAUAG